AAAUUUACUAGGAAAAUCGAAUCAAAAGAAACCUAGCCCGAGGACCAUAGAAGCGGCCGAGCUCUCUAUUUAUCCGUUUCUAUCAAUCUCCCCUUCUUUUCAGCGUUGAAGGACUUAAAGUUGGUUUACGGUGUAUUCAAUUGAUUUGAAAAUCCACAACAAUGGGUGAGAGUGUUAAGCGCUCUCGAGGCCAAAGAGCUCAUGAUGGGGAUAAUAGGAGCCAGAAGAGGAGGUUCAAUGAUAAGGAUGAAAAAAGUAAUGAUGAAUUAGUUGUUUAUAGGAUACUUUGCCCUGAUGGGGUGAUUGGAAGUGUAAUUGGUAAAGGCGGCAAAGUCAUAAAUUCAAUUAGGCAGGAAACGAGGGCAAAGGUUAAAGUGGUUGAUCCAUAUCCCGGUGCUAAGGAUAGGGUUAUAACUAUAUAUUGUUACGUCAAAGAGAAGGAAGAUGUUGACGGAGAAGAUGGAUUUAAUCACAAAAAACCAUUAUGUGCAGCUCAAGAUGCUCUUCUUAGAGUUCACACAUCAAUUGCAAAUGCAGUGGCUGUCAUGGGGGAUUCAGAUAAGAAGCGGACUGAUAAGCAUAGGGAGGAAUGUCAAAUUCUUGUCCCGUCUAGCCAAUCUGCAAAUAUUAUUGGCAAGGCUGGCACAACUAUUAAGAAACUGAGGGGCAAGACAGGAAGUAACAUUAAAGUUAUUGCUAAGGAUGCCAGUGAUCCAAGCCAUUCUUGUGCCAUGGACUUCGACAACUUUGUUCAGAUAACCGGUGAACCGGAAGCUGUUAAGAAAGCACUUUUUUCUGUUUCUGCAAUCAUGUACAAGUUCAGUCCCAGAGAAGAAAUCCCUCUUGAGACAACAGUGGCAGAAGCUCCUCCAGCACCAAGCAUCAUUAUCCCAGCCGAUGUCCCUAUCUAUCCACCAGGUGGUUUAUAUCCAAAUUCUGAUCCCAUUGCCCCUUCUAGAUCAGUUCCACAAAUAUUAGGUGCUGCACAUAUGCGAGAUCUUCAGGGAUAUACAGGGAGUACCUGGCCUGUGUAUUCAUCUGCUCUUCCUCUGGUUUCUGGUUUUUCUGGUGCCUCUCACUCUGAAGAGCUAAUAAUCAAAGUACUAUGCCCAUUUAAGAAUAUUGGGCGUGUCAUUGGAAGAGGAGGGAGUACUAUUAAAAAUAUAAGACAGUUGAGUGGUGCUUGUAUCGAGAUUGAUGAUACAAAGGCUGACCGUGAUGAGUGUGUUAUCACUGUCAUCGCUACAGAGUCACCUGAUGAUUUAAAAUCCAUGGCUGUUGAAGCUGUCCUGUUGCUGCAAGGCAAGAUCAAUGAUGAAGAUGGCGAUACUGUGACUAUGAGGCUCCUUGUUCCAUCUAAAGUUAUUGGUUGUAUUAUUGGAAAAGGUGGUUCUAUUAUAAAUGAAAUUCGGAAGAGAACUAAAGCUGAUAUCCGUAUAACAAAAGGUGACAAGCCAAAGUGUGCUGAUGCUAAUGAUGAGCUCAUUGAGUUUGUUGGUGAAGUUAGUAGCGUAAGAGAUGCACUUAUACAGAUUGUUUUAAGGCUCCGGGAUGAUGUUUUGAAAGAGGACAGUGGUCAUAACCCUUCUAUAGCUGCAGAUUCUCUCUACUCAGCUGGUGCCAGUCUUUCACUGCCAUCUCUUUUGUCCUCUGUUCCACCAGUUGCUCCUUUGGCUUUUGAUCAAAGGGGUGAAAAUGGAAGUGGCCUUGGUGUAUUAUCUUCAAGCAGCCUCUAUGGAUAUGAAAGCCUGCCGAUGGGGGAUAAUGACUAUGGGUCCAUGUCCUCAUAUUCAUCAAAGCUGUAUGGAGGAUUGGCUCCAUCAUCAACCCUUGAAAUAAUGAUCCCUGCUAAUGCAGUCGGUAAAGUGUUGGGCAGAGGAGGGCUCAAUUUAUCCAACAUAAGGAAGAUAUCGGGGGCGAUGAUUGAAAUUUCUGAACCCAAAUCCUCCCGAGGGGAAUGUGUUGCUCUUGUAACUGGCACACCGCAACAGAAGCGUGAAGCUGAAAACUUGAUUCAGGCGUUUAUAAUGGCCACCUGAAUCUUAAAGAUAUUCUUGAUAGAUGAAGAUGAAUAGUUAAAAUCUUAGAGUUUUCCCCCAUCAAAUGUUUCCUCUUGGUUGUUCCCUUAGGUUUGGUGUUUGGAGAUUGGCUUCUUAUUCUAGUUUUCAUCCACCAAGCUCUGUGUUCUUUCCAUGACACUGGUUUUCAAGAUCAUCCUGGAAGAUUUGCUGCUGGUUUGGCAUUCAUGGGAGUUAGGUUGUCUUCAUCGCUUAAACUAUUCCCCGUCUGCCCUAUCUUAGAGUUUCUAGGAUAUUUCUUUCUCAGCAACUGUUAUAUCAGGUCUUUUCUUAGUAUGGCUUUCUGCUUUCCAAUAUUUUUAUACUUGGAAUUUGAUGUUUGCACCUAGAGAUAUUUCAAUUAUCGUAAUUGACGUACUCAUAGCAUGUUUGCUUAUUAUACUUCUAGCUUCCCAGUUCUUGCUCUCUGCUGCUCAAUAGAGUAUCUUCCUAUUGACAGUAUAAUAUGACAUCUCGAUGAUUAUUUCUCCAUCUUUCCCGUGGUCAGUUUGUAGUGAAAUCUCCAAAGAAAAAUGGACGUUAUUAACUGGAAGUUAAUUAGUACUGACAGUUUUGUGAAGCACGUCCUCCAUUCCUUUCUCUCUAUUCUGAAUCUUAUACCAUGUUGCCGACUUCAUGAAUUGGUCAAUGCAAAAACUGAACACUGUGAUUCAUCUUAUACAAAUAUUUUAUUUC